GGCUGGCUGGGAGGCGGGGCUGACGGUGCUGCUGCGGAGUGGAAAGAAAAGUGUAGAGUGAGAAAAUACCUGAAUGGAUAAUCCGGAAUAAGACACAGCUGCCUCCGCUCUUCUCCCCGCUGUGACUUUUCCCACCCGUCAUCCUCUCCCUCUCCUCUUCCUCUCCUCCUCUCUCUAACCUCCCUCGCUCUCCCUCCUCCCUUCUCCUGCUCUCUCCUCAACCGCCUCCAAGAUAGAUUCCCUCAGGAGUAAGGUUGGCCUGCUCAAACUGCCCCUGACUCUGUCCACCAAGACCAUCUCUGAGCGCAAGAGUCAGGUGGGAGGAGUCGGCGAGCAACGCAGCACGGGGGGAGGAGGAGGAGGAGGCGGGGCUCGCAAAGCCUGCUUACCGCCGACCCGAGACAUGGACAACGAGUCGCAGUACUCUGGCUACUCGUACAAAUCCUCCCACUCACGCACCUCCCGCAAGCACAGGGAUCGGCGGGACCGUCACCGCUCUAAGAGCCGAGACAGCAGCAGCCGUGGAGACAAAUCAGUUACGAUCCAAACUCCCGGAGAACCGCUGCUCGAUGCCGAGUCCACCCGCGGCGACGAGCGGGAUGACAACUGGGGCGAGACCACCACCGUCGUCACCGGCACAUCGGAACACAGCAUCUCCAACGAGGACCUGACCCGUGUGUCCAAAGAUUUGGAGGAAUCAACCCCAUUGGAGUGCAAACGCUUCACUGGCCCGGCAUUGGGAGGCUGCCUGAGCUUCUUCGCCCUGGUCACUCCUUUAGCUUUCCUGAUCCUCCCACAGGUCCUGUGGCGUGACGCUUUGGAGCCCUGCGGCACGCCCUGUGAAGGUCUCUACGUGUCUCUGGCUUUCAAGCUCCUGGUCCUGCUUAUCUCCUCCUGGGCACUGUUUCUCCGCCCUCCUCGCGCCACCCUCCCACGCUUCUUUGUCUUUCGCUGCCUGCUGAUGGUGCUGGUGUUCCUCUUUGUGGCGUCAUACUGGUUGUUUUAUGGCGUGAGGGUUCUGGAGCCCAGGGAGAGGGACUACAGGGGGAUUGUGGAAUACGCAGCCUCGCUGGUGGACGCCCUGCUCUUUAUCCAGUACCUAGCUCUGGUGCUACUGGAGGUCCGGCACCUGCAACCGGCUUUCUGCCUGAAGGUGGUCCGAAGCACAGAUGGAGCCAGCAAGUUCUACAACGUGGGCCACCUCAGUAUCCAGCGCGCAGCCGUCUGGGUGCUGGACCGUUACUACAGCGACUUCCCCGUCUAUAACCCGGCCCUCCUCAACCUGCCCAAGUCCAUCCUGUCCAAGAAGAUGACGGGCUUCAAGGUUUACUCCUUAGACGAGAACACCACCAAUAACUCCACAGGCCAAUCCCGGGCCAUGAUCGCAGCCGCUGCUCGGAGGAGAGACAACUCCCACAAUGAGUACUACUACGAGGAGGCCGAGAUGGACCGAAGGAUCCGCAAGCGCAAGGCCAGGUUGGUUGUGGCGGUGGAAGAGGCCUUCACACAUAUCAAGCGUCUCCAUGACGACGAGGCUGCUUCCUCCCCCAAACACCCCAGAGAGGUGAUGGACCCUCGGGAGGCGGCUCAGGCCAUCUUUGCCCCCAUGGCUCGGGCCAUGCAGAAGUACCUGCGCACCACACGGCAGCAGUCCUUCCACAGCAUGGAGAGCAUCCUCACCCACCUGCAGUUCUGCAUCACCCACAACAUGACGCCCAAGGCCUUCCUGGAUCGGUACCUGACCCCCGGCCCCACUAUACAGUACCAGCAGCAGAACGGCAGGGGGCGCCAGUGGACCCUGGUGAGCGAGGAGCCUGUGACCUCUGCUCUGCGCCAGGGCCUGGUCUUCACCGUGCGGCGCCUGGACUUCUCCCUGGUUGUCACGGUAAUGUCGCUGCCCUUCCUACGGCUUGGUGAAGAGUUCAUCGACCCCAAGAGCCACAAGUUUGUCAUGAGGCUGCAGUCGGAGACGUCUGUGUAAAGGUGGGACCCCCCCCCGAUGAAGUCAGACGUUUAGGCCUUUUAAGGGCACGGGUUCAUUGGGGUCAAACCUCGUGCCUCACGUGUACUCUGUUUACAAACUGGAAACACACAGAGGCCUUGACUCCUGUUUAAAAAAAAAUAUAAUAAAAAAAUCUCAUUA